UUUGUAGCCGAAAGUCUGACCUUUAGAGACGAACGUAAGGGAACAAACCAUUUUCUCACUCUGCCUCUGACAUUUGUUCUCCAAACACACUUGAGGGGAUCAAAGCUGUAGCAUUGAGCAGGAAAUGUCACCGUCACUCCAAACGCUGUAUUAAAACACACGCGGCUGCAUAUAAAUGGUCUUUCUUCUCACUGACCAGGUCGCUAACUAUGGAGUUGGAGGACAGUACGAGCCGCAUUUUGACUUCUCCAGGCGUCCUUUUGACAGCAAUCUCAAGGUCGAUGGAAAUAGACUUGCUACCUUCCUAAACUAUAUGAGUGACGUUGAGGCGGGAGGCGCCACCGUCUUCCCUGACUUUGGAGCCGCAAUCAGGCCCAGAAAGGGAACAGCAGUGUUCUGGUAUAAUCUGUUCCGGAGCGGAGAAGGCGACUAUAGGACCAGACACGCAGCCUGUCCGGUCCUGGUUGGAAGUAAAUGGGUGUCAAACAAGUGGUUUCAUGAGAGAGGGCAGGAGUUCAGGAGACCCUGUGGCCUGACAGAAGUGGACUGAAGGGGGCUCCACACCCGAAACGAGCAGACUCACACACACACAGACAGACAGACACACACACACACACACACACACACACACACACACACACACACACACACACACACACACACACACACACACACACACACACACACACACACACACACACACUCCACGUGCCUUAAUGCUUUACUUUCUUAAAUCUGAUCCUUGAGUUCUGGCUGAAGAGAAUCCGUUCAUUUCCUGUUAGCCUAUAAAGACACUCCCCUGUCGCACAUGUCCAUGUGAAUUACUGCAAAGCAAGAAUUAAAUUAAAAAUAUGAACGUCAGCACAAAGUCUUAUCAGAUCACUCUUGGUUUUCCAAAGUGCUUAGAUUUCAGCUUUAUUUUCACUCUCAGAUAAAUAGUUUCAGAGUUUGUUCCAAUGUAAACAUUUAUUCCUUGAGAGACGGCAACUAUGCAUUUAAAGUAUUAGUGUUUGAAAGAACCCAGUUCUAAUUUUGGCACUGCACUGAAUUGUAAAUUAUACCAAAAUGGACCAAUAUUUAAUAUCAAGUGCCUCCUGAAGAUUUUAAGUCUGACUAAAACAACUCCUCCACUAUGAGAUCAUUGAUCUCAUAGUGGCCACACUGAGUUUAACAAUAUCCCAACUUCGUUCCACAAAUUGGAUUAAAACUUUACUCAUAUUCUUUGUCUUAAAUCUUUAUGUUCCUGUUUCAAACCAAACAUACAUUAUGAUGCAUUUGCUCAAAUCGUGUCCAGAUCCAAUUUUAUUUAUAUAGUUUUUAAAUUAUUCCACUGUUGUUACAUUGUGAGCUCCUCCUGCAAGCAAGCGAGUCAAUAAACAGUGUCAUUUAAUGAAA